AGCACUGGAAGAAAACCCUCAACCCCAUUCAUGAUUCUUCCAAACUCGAAGAAGAAGAAGAAGAAUUGCAGAAGCAUAAAACACAAUGUUGAGAACUUUUUAUGCGAAUCUCGAAUGUUCCACCAAAAAGAUUCAAACUUCACUCUCUUCACCUCAUUCCAAAUGGUGGGCACCUUCUCCCUACUCCACCACCGCCACCGCCAUCACCUCCAACGCCAACGGCGACCCUGCAACACCGCCGAAGCUUCUCGUCGUUCAACCCCGUCUCCGCCCCGAAAAGCUCUUUCAGGCCAAGCUCAAUGAAGCUCUCUGCCUCGCCAAUUCCCUUGAAGAACAGCGUGAUGGGUAUUUCCAUACUGAUUUCUUUGAUAAGCCUUUGCCCCCUCACCUCCUUGUUCAGAAUCCUUCUGUCAAAGGCCAUAAGCCUCGUGCAGACACAUAUUUUGGGCCUGGAACAGUUGAUAACAUCAAAUGCAAUCUGAGAGCUGCUGAAGAUAAGGAUGGUGUGGAUGCUGUUUUUGUCAAUACUAUAUUGUCAGGGGUUCAGCAACGAAACCUGGAGAGGGCUUGGGAUAAACCUGUGCUGGAUCGCGUGGGUCUUAUAAUAGAGAUUUUCAAUGCUCAUGCAUUCACGAAGGAAGCAAAACUACAGGCUGAACUUGCAGCUCUAUCAUUCAAGAAAACCAGGCUUGUUCGUGUUCGUGGCCUGGAUGGUCGCCUAACAUUUGGUGCUCAUGGAGAAACUGAAGUUGUUAGUGCCCGAGGGAGAGGAAGUGGGGGCCAAGGUUUUAUGAGUGGUGCUGGAGAAACUGAACUUCAGCUUCAGCGGCGAAGAAUCUUAGAUAGGAGAAAUUAUCUAUUGACACAAAUUGAGGAGGUCCGCCGUACUCGGGCUUUGCAACGUGCUGGUCGGAAGCGGCAUGGAGGUUCACUUGGACAAGGCUUAGCCACCGUAGCAGUUGUUGGAUAUACAAAUGCUGGAAAAUCUACAUUAGUUAGCGAGCUAUCAGACAGCGAUCUGUAUAGUGAUUCUCGACUGUUUGCAACAGUUGAUCCUAGAGUAAGAAGUGCUGUUCUUCCUUCAGGGAGGAAAGUGCUUUUAAGCGACACAGUGGGAUUUAUAUCUGAUUUGCCUGUACAGUUGGUGGAAGCAUUUCAUGCAACUUUAGAAGAAGUCGUGGAAGCUGACCUGCUUGUGCAUGUGGUGGAUUCAAGUGCUCCCAAUCUUGAUGAGCAUCGCUCAACAGUGUUUCAAGUUCUUCAACAAAUAGGGGUGUCAGAAGAGAAGCUUCAGAAUAUGAUUGAAGUUUGGAAUAAGAUUGAUAUUGAAGAAGAGGGCAUGGGUGUUGAUGAAGAUGAAGAGGCUGAUGAAGCUAGCAGCUUCAGUGGAGAGGAUGAUGAGACUUCUAUGAUUACAGCAGAAAAUGAAGGCACUGAAGAACCCGAAUAUGUUUGUGAGCGCUCAUUGGGUGAUUUGGAGGCCGUGGAAGAAAAAGAAGACUAUUCUGACGGUUGGUUGUAUGAGGACACUUUGGUUAAUGAAGAUGAUUUUUGUUCACCUUCAUCUGCAGCUGACCCUCAAAAUGAAUCCUCUAAGGACAAUGUUGUGGAAAAAUAUAGCUCCAUGGGACCGCCGGCUCCACAUGUGAAAACGUCUGCCGUUAUGGGAGUUGGUUUGCAAGAGUUGCUGGAACUAAUAGAUGAGAAACUAAGUGCCCAGGAUAAGAAGUUGAAGGGCGCACAGGUGGUUGAAAGAAAUAAUAUCUUUCAUAAAAAAUGGAGGCCCUCUCAUACAGAGAAUUCUAGCAUAGCAGUUGAACAAUAGCUUGUUCUAUGGAGAUAGUUUCUAUCCUUAUCUUUAUAGUUUGUGCUACAUAACAGUUUCAUUAUCAUAACAUGGCCUACAGAAUCCCCACCAAAACAUGGCCUAUAGAAUCCCCACCAAAACAUGGGCUUCAUCUUCUGUCACAAUCUGCAAGUUAUGAUAGCUUUCUAUGAAACAUGGUUUGUUUUUUAUUUAAUAUUCUUUUACCUGUUUUCCUUCAUACUUUGUUGCAUGUAUUAGAGUAUUAGACCCCUUUUUUUGGCCUAUUGGUCUCAUCAGUGUGUAAUUAGAAUAAUAGGAUAAUAUUUGCAGAAUACAGUGAUAUAUGAACAAGCUCACUCUAUAUACAUCAAUUCAUUUUUCCAAAAUAUUAAUUUA